AUGCCUGCCGUCAUCCAAGUCCGCGCUCCAAGCCCCCGAAAGGCUGGUGUUGCCUUUCACAAGGACCCUGUCCAGAGCAUCUGCCGCCCUACCACCGAAACCGAAAACACUGUACUCGAACACUUUGAAUACCAUGCCAGAACCUGCCACUACUGCCACAAGCCAUACGAGGCCUUCCGUCAAGGACACCAGCUAUGCACAACCGGCCAUCAGUUCGCCCAAGACGUCGCUGCAUACCUCUGCAACAUUGGCUCGGACACCUACAGCACACGUGACGACUACCAACGAGUACGUGUCGAGAUCCCAGUUGGCUUUGACGAGACACGAGGUCUCCUAAAGGCGAUCGAACGCUCUCUCCGGUCCCGCAGCCGUGGCCCCUUUGUCUCCAUGGACCGCUCAUACAUGGUGCAGUCACGCACGGGCGAGCAGCCGAAGCCCGUCUCCAUCUCCCAAACACACAAGUCCUCGCGACGACACUCGCGAGAGGUGGUGGACUGGCCAGACUACCACGUGCCUGCUGUGGUGACGCCCGCAAGCUCCAAGCGCGGCUCACACUACGAGGCCGACCUCGCCCAGCAGCGCAAGGACUACCACCGCUACCACGUCGAGGUACGCGAGCCCGUCGACCGCGCAGCAGCCUACACCCACUACCACCGGUGA